AUGGAGAAAUUGAUACAAGUUCUAACCAUCCUCUCGCUGGUAACACCGUUGCUGCUUGCUCGACGCAUCCAGCUCGUCAACAUCAGCCCGGAAGAGGCCCAAAAGUACAUCACCCAGCAAAGCCUGGACUUACGGUACGCGGCAAAGCUGGGCGAACAUCCGCUGGGUUACACGCGCAAUGUGCAGGAUCCGGCCCUCGCCACCUUCUAUUACAACGGUCGGCUUAUCGACAAUCCGGAGGACUACGUGGAGGAGGAGUACGAGGCGAAACAGUUCCAUGGGCAGGAUGGGCUCGGUAGAGCUAUGUUUGGCUACAGUGACCACAAUCAGGCCCGCUUGGAAGCUCGCAACGCAAACGGCGAAGUCCGUGGCUCGUACCAGUACGUGAACCCACUCGGCGAGGACGUGAUCGUGCAGUACUGGUCCGAUGGUCUCGGUUUUCACCAGAUCGACAACCGUCCCGAAAUACGUCUGCAGCCGGUAACCGAGACGCCAGAAGUGCGUGAGGCACGUCUCGCCCACAUGAAGGCAUGGGAGGAAGCUGCCAACAUGGCCCGUGCCAACCCCGACGUUACGUCCGGUGGUGCCGACGAACCUUACCGAGCGGUACAAGCGAACACGGUAGAGGAGGACCCGGAACAGGACGAAAUUUUGGCGGCCGUUUCUAACCAACACCAGAGCCUCAUUCGCUAUCCGAGCCUACCCUACACGGACCACAUUUCGCCUAUUGUGGUCUCGGAUGCGCUCCAAGAUGAAGGUGUCGUCGUGGAAGCACUCGCACGUAGUGUGAAGAAACGCAACAACGAACAGCAGGACGAACAGACAGCUGGUAGCGAGGAUGAACCGGUAUCGGCUGAUCCGAAAGGGUUCUUCUACAGCUUUGACUACCCCGUUCAGCUGGUGGCGGAAAGUGCGGCCAAGAAGGCUGCCCGGGCUGGUUUCGGCGAAAGUCCCCAAGAAUCGGUGGUGGUGGAAACGAAGGCAACGAACGUCCCGAAAGCAGCGCCCGUGGAUGAUCGGGUAUCGCUGAAGGCAGUGCUGAGCGGCGAAACGUUGGUUGAUGCUGUUCAUGAUGCUCAAGUUUCACCCAAGCAGAAGUUGCAGACGGAACGUAACUAA